GAUUUUUCCCGCAUGGUGGCGCUAGUGAUUUGACAGCUGAGUGGUAAAAAAAAUUUCUUUUGCUUUUUCACGUAAAAAUAAUUACAUAAAUUCCUCGAAAAUUCACAGCAGCGGUGCCUUUUGUGCGUGAAAAAGGUCACGGAGGGUACGUGGAGGUGGUUGUGUGUGAAAAAUUACCCCCGUGUUGUGCUGAAAAGAUGCUUUUGGGGCAAAAAUUGCCCACAGAGGUUGAUUUGCUCGAUUCCUACUGAGGAGAACAAAAAAAGUGUCUCACGGAAGACUCGCACUGCUGCUCCGGAGGAGAAAAGACAAAUCCUCGUGCCUAAAAGGAAACCUCUGGGACUGUUUUGUGGCACAGAGGACUGAGGGAAGGAAGUACUUGUGAGGAAGCUUGUGCAAAAAGCAUCACAGGGAGGGGGAUUUUGGUGACGGUGGAGGUUUUUUGUGUGUGUAGUGGCAAAAAUAGGUCGGUUACCUUGAGGUCUUCUUGUGUGUUUUCCCAUCUGCAUCCGCCAGAUUAUUCCGUCGCACAGCGCGGGGUGAAAGUUACCACAUACAGUCGCACAUAGACUGCCCCUUCCGGAGACGCGGGUGUACGGGCCCUGUGUGUGUGGUGCGAAUGAGAUCCCCUGAUUUUGGGGUGUCCAGACGUCGGGGGCAGCAAAAGGUAGCUGAUGAGUGAUCAAUUGCGCGGCACUAACGGGGAUUUCGUGCAAAAGAUGAAUAUGGCAACAGCUGAAAAUAGUAUUCGCUUCAGUGAUCACACACUGGACAAAGCCACCAAGGCAAAGGUGACGCUGGAGAAUUACUACAGCAAUCUCAUCACGCAGCACGGGGAGCGGAAGGAGCGCCUGGCUAAGUUGGAGGCAUCCCUCAAGGAUGACACCCUCACGGAAACGCAAAAGCAGGAGAAGCGCAUUCAGCAUGCCCAGAAAGAGACGGAAUUCCUCAGGCUAAAACGUUCCAGGCUCGGUGUUGAGGACUUUGAUGCCCUCAAGGUAAUUGGGCGCGGUGCAUUCGGUGAGGUACGGCUUGUGCAGAAGAAGGACACAGGACAUGUGUACGCGAUGAAGGUGCUACGGAAGGCGGAUAUGUUGGAGAAGGAGCAAGUGGCGCACGUGCGUGCGGAGCGUGAUGUUCUCGUUGAGGCUGAUCAUCAGUGGGUGGUGAAAAUGUACUACAGCUUCCAGGAUCCCGUGAAUCUCUACCUCAUCAUGGAAUUCCUACCGGGUGGGGAUAUGAUGACGCUCCUCAUGAAGAAGGAUACAUUGAGUGAGGAGUGUACACAGUUCUAUAUUGCCGAAACUGCCCUUGCAAUUGAUUCAAUUCACAAAUUGGGUUUCAUACAUCGUGACAUAAAGCCCGAUAAUUUGCUCCUUGAUGCCCGGGGGCAUCUCAAACUGUCGGACUUUGGGCUGUGCACGGGGCUAAAGAAAUCCCAUCGUACGGAUUUCUAUCGGGAUCUAUCGCAAGCUAAACCGUCCGAUUUUAUUGGCACCUGCGCCAGUCCCAUGGAUUCCAAGAGGCGCGCUGAGAGUUGGAAGAGGAAUCGUCGGGCAUUGGCGUACAGUACAGUGGGGACACCCGAUUACAUUGCACCCGAGGUGUUCCUGCAGACGGGCUAUGGGCCAGCGUGCGAUUGGUGGUCACUCGGGGUGAUUAUGUACGAAAUGCUUAUGGGCUAUCCACCAUUCUGUUCGGAUAACCCGCAGGAUACCUACAGGAAAGUCAUGAAUUGGCGUGAAACGCUCAUCUUUCCACCAGAGACACCAAUUUCGGAGGAAGCAAAGGAGACAAUAAUUCGAUUUUGCUGUGAAGCUGACCGAAGACUGGGCUCACAGCGUGGAAUUGAAGAGACAAAAUCUGUGCCCUUCUUCCGUGGUGUUGACUGGGAGCACAUCCGUGAGAGGCCAGCUGCAAUACCAGUUGAAGUGCAUUCAAUCGACGAUACAUCCAAUUUCGACGAUUUCCCGGAUGUUUCCCUCGAAAUUCCGUCUGCACCGCAUCCACAGGAUGGAGAAAUCCUCAAGGAUUGGGUAUUUAUUAAUUAUACAUUUAAGCGCUUCGAGGGGCUCACUCAGCGAGGGACACCGACGAAAAAGUGAGCAAAAACAUUACGCUAUUAUUGAAUAAUAAAAAUCAGAAAAUUUUUUUAGUGAGCAGCAGCAAGAAAAAAAAAUCUAAGUUAAUUAGUUAAUGUGCACACCAACACACACAUAAAAAAAAGAUAAAUUUGAGUUCUUAGA